GUUCUCCUUUAACAUAAUACACAUGAUAACAGAUAUUUUUGUAUAAAUAUCGCAAUUACGUACAAUUUUAAUAGAGUCCAAAUAUGAAUUCGUACAUAAACUUAUCGUCGGUUCUUCCGUUAGUGGCUGUGCUUGUAUUGACUUUUUCGUUAUACAAGUAUCUCGUAGAAAAUUUCGACUAUUGGGAGAAAAGACAAAUUAAAUUUUUGAAACCAGUGCCAUUUUUUGGAAAUUUUUCAAAAGCGUUCCUUCAACAAAAAGGCAUAGGAUUCUUGUUGGCCGAAUUUUAUAAUCAAGUUCAAGAACGAUUCUUUGGAAUAUUUGUUUUAAGUGAGCCAGUUUUAGUGAUCAGAGAUCCAGAGUUGAUCAAACAAGUUCUUAUCAAAGAUUUCCAACAUUUUGCUGAUAGAAGUAAUUUAGAAGACGAAAGCAUCGAUAAUAUUAGUGCAGACUUCCUGUUUUUCUCGAAAUAUAAAAAAUGGAAAAUAUUGAGAUCAAAACAAUCUCCGAUUUUUUCAUCUGGAAAACUGAGGUGUAUGUUUCUCAAAAUGGAAACGGUCGUAAAAGACAUGGAAUUCUACAUAAACAGUAAGAUGUCAACAAACCUGUGCAAUUUAGAUGUUAAGGAACUGUGCAACAGAUAUUCCACGGAUGUGCUGGCAUUGUGCAUAUUUGGAAUGAAGGGAGCUUCUUUUGAAAAUGGUCACUCGAAAUUUUAUGACAUUGAAAAAAGAAUUUUUGGAUUUAGUUUACUCAACGACUUCAGACUUUUCGGACACACAACCGCUAAAUCAUUUAUUAAACUCACUCGUUUGAAACUACUGGACUCCACAGUGAUGAAAUUUUUACGUCAAACCAUAGGAUCACAAAUUGAGAAGAGGGAACAAAAUCAUUUGGAAAAUAAUGAUUUUCUUGAUAUUCUUGUAGAACUAAAACGAAUGGGAAAUGUUCGCGGACUCAUGUUUGAUCAAGACAGAGUUGUUGCUCUCAGUGGCCAGUUUAUUGUUGCUGGUUAUGAAACGGUGUCGACGACUUUGUGUUUUGCUCUAUAUGAACUUUCCUUGAAUCAAGAAGCCCAGCAAAAGUUGAGAGACGAGUUACGAGACGCUGUAACGGAAGAAAAUGGUUUAGAUUAUGAAACCAUUCACAAACUUCCAUAUUUAGAUCAAGUAGUCAAAGAGACACUGAGGAAAUAUCCUGUACUACCAUAUCUGGACAGAUGUUGUACAAAGGAGUAUCGCAUUCCUGGCAGUGAUUUAGUACUGCAGCCUGGUUCGAUAAUAUACAUUCCAAUGUUCGGUCUUCACUACGAUAAAAAUUACUUCCCGGACCCAAAUAAAUUUAUUCCGGAAAGAUUUUCAGAAGAAAACAAGUCCAGCUUUCCAGCAUCGGCAUAUGUACCGUUUGGUAUAGGACCAAGAGUUUGUAUAGGAGAACGGUUUGCCUUAAAUGCAACAAAAUUAGCAAUUGCCCAACUUUUGUUGGAUUACCAUUUAGAAAAAUGCAACGAAACACCCAUUCAUGUUGAAUUCAAAGCUAGAGGAAUUACUUUGAUGCCAACGAAGAAAUUAAUCAUUAAUUUUACGAAAAUCAGUCAAGCAGCAUAUUAAAGAAAACAAUUACCUAUACGAAUUGACUAA